AUGCAUUUCUGUGAGUACAAGCUCAAUUGUGGCUGUUUACCAUUUUGGCCAAGAAUUUACCAUCGUCUUUCGUUUGAUGGGGAUAGGAAAGUUCGUGAACUCGUUCAAACAACUAUGCAUGCACUUGCAUCUCGUGUUGGUAAAGAUUUAGGUCUAUACCUAAAGCAGAUUGUACCAAUAUGGACUUUUCUACAGUUGAUACCUAUGAAUCAGCAGCCGUAUAUGCUACUAAAGGGUUCUUUGGCUUGUUUAACUGGACUAUCUGGUGAAUUUGUGUGGUCUGUCGUGGAUUGGAGUCAAACGUUUGUUACGAGAUUGGAAAAUCUUCUUAAUUAUUCCGAGAAGAUUCAAGCUAAACAGGCUUAUACACAUUUACUUUGUCUUGUGAAUGAAUUUCCUCUGGAUUAUCGUAAUUUAAAAAUCCAUGAGUUGGAGAUAUUAGAAAAACUUUUUAUUGACUCAACUUUGUUAGGAUUACACCGUUCACUUGGUUACACACGCGUUUCAGAUGGUGACUACAGUGAAACUGGUUCAUACCAUUCAGACGAUCCGGACGUAUCCCUUGUUAUAGCCACAGGGACUAUGGAAUGUGUAAGAUAUUUUAUUGAUCGAUUGCUAACACCCAUGGAGGAUGAGAACAGAAAAGAAGUUCUUUUGGCUAAGAAGUUGUAUUCAAAGGUUCUUAUACGUCUUUUUUCUGACUGUCUUAUUACACAUGCACGAGUCCAUACUUCUCCAAAAUUGGUUUGCAGUCGUCCACCACUCUCCAGGCAAUCCUACUUAAAUAUUGUUUUCAAUCAAACUGCAAAGUUUUGCAAUAAUAUUGCUCAAUCUAAUCAUCAGCUAAAAAUACAAAUGUAUGAUGAAUUAAGAAAUACUUUAUUCAAAUGGAUUUCCUUAGGACAAUCAAACGAAUUCUUAACACCAAUAAUUGACGUCGGCAAAGUGGAUCGUUUGUUUAUUGGAGUUGUUGAUCCGUUACGAUUAAUCAGCUUUGUAAAUCAUUUAGCUAAAUCCAGCAAUCAGAAAGUUAACCGUUAUAUACAUAAUAAUUCAAAAAUUUCACAAAGAGUAGAUAAUAAAAUGAAUUACUGUGAUUUAACUUUUACUGUGCAAACAGAGUGGUGCAUUAAUCUAUUUUGCAGUAUUAGUGAUAUAUUACUAAACAACAUGAAUGCAAAUUUGUUUGAAGACAGUCCAAAUGAUAGUUUCCAUAUUUUGGUAUUCUUGUGCAUCUACGGUUAUCUCCCUUUGAAAUCUUUCUCUGCUCCAUGUAUUCUUCGAAAAGUAUUUUCUUCACUUUUGUCUAAACUACCUUAUGAAGUGCAUGCAAUUUGUUGGUCCUAUCCAGUUAUACAAGGCUUAGCCAAAUUAUGGAUUCUUUCUUCUGAAAACAUUGAUAAUGAACGAGAGAUCCCCAAUAAUUCAUCGAUUUGCUUAUUAUUCACUAAUAAUAUACUUCCAGUACUGAUUCAGUCAUUACCAAGUAUAGGGAAUAUUUUCGAUUCAGCCAGUGUUUGUACAAAAUUAUUAUCAAAUCGUGUUAGCAGCACUUUAUGUUUUUGGGCGCAGGUAUGGUUUGACAAAGUGGUUAUAAGUGAUGAAAUCCCUUUUUCAACAGUUGUUAUAUCAUUCAUGAAUAAUCUGCAUUCUUUAAUAACAAAUUCUUUCCAUCACAUAUCAAGCAGUAAUAGUAACAAUGAUUGUAAUUCACCUGAGAUGAUAAUUCCUAUCCGGUUGGUUGAAACAUUGUCUACUUGUCUUAAACGACGCUAUGCAAAUGUGUUGUUCUGCGAUGAUACCAACUGUAAUGUCACUAAUGCAUCAGAAUUAAGAAUUGUUGGAAGUUUGUUAAUUCAUUUACUACAUAUGAUAAACAACAAUAAUGUAUUCAGUUCAUCCUGCUUAAAUUAUCUUUAUUUAUUGCUGACAAAAAUCCUGUUUUGUUCAUAUAGCAUUAGCGCAUUCGUUAAAAUUAACGAAUCCCUAGAUGCUUCUUAUUCAUCAAAAUCUAACGCAGAUGAUCACUUUUUACCUAAUGUUAUUUUAACUAAUGAUGACAAUCAUCAUGCGUACAAUUAUGAAGAUGGUGAUAAUGAUGUUGUGUUUAAUUUAAAAGAAUUAAUUAACCGUUCAGAGGUAAUUAUUUUAAAACGAUUAAAUCUCGAAGGACUGAAAGAUUGCAAUGAGGAAAGCUUCUUUAAUCAAUUCUCUAAUCUAAUUUUCACGAAUACCGUUUCUUCAAAAGUUAUCACCCCAUUAUUUUAUCAUUUUAUUUCUCGUAUUUAUUCAACUGUACAUGAUAAACUAAAUUCUUCAUCUUCCGUUUCAUACUUUUCUAUGCUCUGGCUGAAAUAUUUGGUCAAACACGUAAAACUUGUUUUAGAAGCAGUUGUAAAAAUAUAUCCUUUACCCGAAACAUUUUUAAUUUCCCGCCAUCUUUUACAAGAUCACAGCAUAUCUCCGUUAUUUGUAUUGCCAAAUUUCGGUCAGUUAGUCCGCUUACAUCAAUUGGGUUUAUUAUUACGUCUUCAUGUGCAGUUUAUGUCAUGCGAUAACGAUGUUUGUUCAACUCAAUAUUUACUAUGUCUUGGAUUUAUACGUGUCUGGAUAUCAAGCUUUCGUGAGCCAUUGGAUAUAUGUAUUGAUAUUGGUUUGUCUUCAAAGCAAACAGAUUUAAGUGUAUUGAAUAUAAAUGGUCAACUUGAGAACUUUGAGUCAUCAAUGUCCUCAUUUGAAGAAAAUAGAGUGUUGCUUGCUAAAACUUUGGGAUCAUUUUGGCAUGAAUUUACAUCUAACCUUCCACUUUCACGCCUCUUGAGCUUAUUAUCACCAAACGCUUUGAAAUACAUUGUUGAAUCAGAGUCACAAACUUAUCAUAUUCUACAAUCGACAGUAAAUAGCUUGUUAUUGAACCGUUUACGUACUAUGCAUCCAAAUUUAUGGCCUCAUGAUAUCAAACUUGCAGCUAGUUGUAACGAUGAUGAUAAUCAAAACUUAACAUGGACUGACUUAUAUUUUCCACUUAAUUCAUCAACAGAAAACAUUUAUUCAGAUAAAAUACGUUUUAAUACGUGUAUUGAGCUUUAUUUACCUGCAGGUGUAGUUCGUCGUUGUCUGUCGAGGCAAGAAUUGCUCGGCCGGUUAAAAAGUUUUUCCUUAUCUGUCGAAAAGUGCAACUUAUCAGAUUUAAGUGAUCACCACUUAAAAACUCAUGCUCAUAUUAUUGAGUUGAUUUCAGCUCUUGCAAAUGUUCGCGCAACUGCACCUAUUUACCUCACAACAUUUUCUUCUAUUAUUCUAGAGGAUUACCGAACAUGGUUAGCCAAUUUAACUACUUCUGCUACGGAGGAUAAAAGUUUAUGUUUAAAGUCACCAGUAGUGUUUAAUCUAUGUCUUUCAACAAUGAGUUAUCUUGAAUGCUUAUUUUUGUUGUGGCAGCCUUGGCAGUGGAGCGCCAUAGAAUCCGAAAAAUCCCCAAUAUCUGUCAGACCGGGUCUCGUUCAGCUGAGUAUGAGAAUGCGUCAGUUAAGACCUUCUUUAUCUGUUGAACAAUGGGAUUUUGUUCUUUGUUUGACUGUGAGCUGGGUCUAUUCAGCUGUUCAUUAUUUUUGUGGCUCAUCUAAUCCUGGUGUCGAAAAAACUUUAUAUGAUUUACUCGCAACUCGAGUGUUUCGAAUGUCUGCUGCACUUGGUGCAAUAUUUGUUGAACGUUAUUCACAUUUACCUCUAUCGGAUUGCAUCAUUUUAAAGGAAACUAAUAUAGGUAAAAAAGUGAUUCAAUCCGACAACAUGGGUGCAGACGAUGCUGAUGAGUGUGAGGAUGAAGAACCUGUAAAUGAGUUUUUUGACGAAGAAGAACAUGCAAAAACAUUUUCUGAUAUUCAUUGUGAUAGUGAUGACCAAUCUAAAAACGUUCUUUCAGAAAAUGCGAAUAUAGACUUCGAAGAGGAACUGGAGACUGACAUUAAUCAGAUGGGUAUAGAAGAUGCCGAUUUAGAUGAUGAAGAGUAUAUGUAUCGUGUUUUCGCAAAAGGACUACCUCUCAUACCUCGUCGAGGAGAGGCACCUCCACUUGUUCGAAAUGACUGGGAAAAAUUUUUUGCUCCUGAUCACUACUCCACAUUCCUGCGACUUGUCUUAAAAAGCUGCAUCCCAUUGGAAUAUAGCAAAUCUCAGGCUGUCCUUGAUACUGAUAUCUACAUUCAGGCUUUGUGUGCUGCGUUUGCCACUUGUCCUGUUAAUCAUCUAAUAACUGCUUUCAGUAACCAAUCUUCAUUGGUUUUUGAGUACUUGAGUGAUGUCCAAUUAAAGAUAGGUCAACCUUGCAUGAUAAGCCAACUUUUCCCGUCUAAGAUUGGGUCUGUAAAUGAUUUCACUGUCGGAUUUCGUGCUAGUCUAGAUAUGGCUUGCAAGUUAAUUGCUUACUCACCUCACCAGUCUGGUCAACUCCUCGGUUAUAUUUUAUUAAACAGACUCUCUGGAACUCGUGUACUACAAGGCAAGAAUGAAACUUCGAUAUCUAUAGCUAAUUAUAUGAUCCGUCGUAUUCCAACCUCUUGGAUGUCGGCUUUAUCAGGACUGUUACCUUCCUCUGUUGAGAAGUAUCUGCAAAGUCAGGUGGCUGCCGAUCACUGGGGUCGCGGUAAUUCAAGCUUAUUGUACUUGCGUGAUUUCUCUACUUCUGGCUGGACAGUCAAUUGUCAAACUCAUCAAGCUCUUCUUGGUUAUUUGUUAGCUUGGGAUAGUUUAUUAAGCCUAAUGACUUGUGCUGGACCCCAAACUCGGGCUUCUCUACAAAACUCUCUUUUGAGUUCAUCAGCCACUAUUUUUGAUAGGUUCAUGCUUACAAUUGGUUUACUUCUUCCAUCUUCAGGAAAUCUAGGAGAUUUUAUAAAUAAUUCUUGUAGACUGGAACCUGAUGAACGCCUUUUACUCCCUAACUCAACAUCUCGUAUAUAUCUUACAGCUGCUUUAACUGUAUUUUGUUCACGUCGCAACAGUAAACGUUUUGUUAACUUAGUAACAUCAGGUUCUACCGGUGAUAGUGAGUGGCGAGAUGCUUUCUCUCCUGAUGACUCACUUCUUCAUAUCCCUGGACACCGAGUGGCAACCGAUAUCAACCAUUUGGCUGCGAGGCUGUUUCGUCGUUUUCUUUCAGAAGCUCCCGCUUUAGUUCGUGCAUGGCAUACUCAACUUACUUCUUUAUCUAGUUUCCCACAAAGUGUAUCUGCACAAACCAGCCCACUUGCUGUCCACCGUCCUGGUCGCUUACGCCAAUUAGCUGGUACGAUUGAUAAAAUUGUGUCGAAAUAUUUUUCGUCCAGUCUAGCUCGAGAUGAAAUUAUUGCCACAUAUUACGUGGGAGAUGAUCAUUCGAUGGAAAUGGUUAUUCAGUUGCCAAACAACUAUCCCUUAAGUCCAAUUACUGUUAGUAAAGGGCGUAGUGUUGGUGUAGGAAGUCAACAGUGGCAGUCAUGGCUUUUACAAAUGUCUGUUUUUGUUAAUAAUCAUAAUGGAUCGAUUUUAGAUGGUAUUGAUUUGUGGCAAAGUAAUGUUCGGAAAAAAUUCGAUGGUGUUGAAGAAUGUGCAAUUUGUUACUCGAUUGUGCACAACACAAAUUUCAGUUUGCCUAAAAUGCGAUGUCACACCUGUCGUAAACUAUUUCAUUAUGCUUGCAUGUACAAAUGGUUUACAACUAGUCGAAAUCCUGCUUGUCCAUUGUGUAGACACCUGUUUAUUGAUCCAACCGGUCGUCCUGUAUCAACAUAAUGGGUAAAGAAAAUUCUGAUGAUCGAUGCAGCAAGAAAAUGUAGUAUUUCUAAUUAAUCUGAAUCAAAUGAUCAUUUGUUUCAUUAAUUCACCAUAAAUCUUGUUUUUUGUUACUUUUGAGAAGGAUUACUCUUUUUAUUUUUAAGUAGUUAUUAUUAUUAUGUUGUUUCUGAACUGUUCUGUUGAACAUAAACUAUCUGAAUUUUCUGUAUGUUUAAUGUGAAUGCAAAAUGUUUGUCAACUUUCUUUAUGGCGAAUUACUUUUUGACAAAAUGUACAAAUGAUGAUACAGAUCUCAGAUAUCUGUAUUGUGUUAGUUCUUUUCUAGUAGGCUUGUGUGUCUGUUCUUCUAUGGAAUGAGUGACUUGAAUGUACGAACACCACUUCCCAAGGCGACGGGUUCCAAGGGUUUGUGACCCGGUGAAAAAACCUGUAUGCUACGGGUAUUUGUUCAUCCUUGGCUUUCGAACUCGCUUGUUAUGCUAUUUGAUAUGUCCCGAUCUAAUGGGAAGUAAUGGGAAAGAUACAUCAGAUCCGACAUCAUUUCUCAGUAUUCUAUACACCUGAAUCAGAUCACCUUUUAAUAA